AUGAGAAUGAGAUUGUUCGAUGACGUCACGUGUGAUGAGAUCUCGCACGAGGAUCUCGAAUGCGUGAUGACCCCUGCCAGCAAGGCGUGCAACGACUCACAUGACAUGGCGUUUAAGUGCACCCCAGAUGCGCCAAACUCGAUGGAUAUUUUUCGCAAAAGUCUGUCACCAAGGGUUUCAGCAAAUGCCGUGCGUAAGAGUUUGUUUUCGGGCAAACGUUCUGCGGGGGCGGACGUUAACAGUUCGCCGAUCCAAGCAUUGAAGAAAGCGAGAGAUUGUAGCGAAACCGGUAACCAAGCACUUCCGACAUCUCUUAAAAAUCUCUUUAACAACAUCGAGCAAGCAAUUGAAACGCUCGAGAUAGACGACAAGGUCGCAGACGGAUCACGUGAUUACGCAUUGCCCACAAUUCCUGGUCGUCAUCAGGAUUUAAGGUCGAUAUCACCGGAAGUGAUGGCAGAUGUUGUAGGUGGACGCUACACUCACGUGUUCAGUGACGUCACGAUUGUCGACUGCCGCUACCCGUACGAGUUUGAAGGCGGUCACAUAAAAGGGGCGGUCAAUCUCUUCACCAAAGAUGACGUCAAUGCUCUUCUUGAUAAGCCUUUAAAUGGAGACAAACGUCACGUGCUCAUUUUUCAUUGCGAAUUCUCGUCUGAGAGGGGACCUAAGAUGUACCGUUUCCUGCGUAGUCAGGACCGCGAACUAAACAAGAAUCAGUACCCAGCCCUUCUGUUCCCCGAGGUGUACCUGCUCCAUGGUGGAUACAUGGCAUUCUUCAACAAAUUUAAGAAUUUGUGUGAUCCGGUUUCUUACAAGCCUAUGCUGCACGAAGAUCAUUCCGCGGAUCUUCGUCACUUCCGGGUCAAGUCUAAAUCAUGGACCGCGGGAGAAAAGCAGGAAGUUGCCCUUUACUCCGUGGUGGAUAUAGUUGUGGAAGAGCUCACGUUCGUGUUUCACGUGUUACUCAAUUAUGACUCUGCAGUUCAUGAUCUGUUCCACUUUGCUCCGCCCAGCUCUGAAUCCAGCCUGCUAAUCCGCCAGCAGCUACUCGGCCUUACUUGGCGAUCGCAACGCCAUGCUAACGUCAGGCGCCCUGCCCUGCAGUCGCAUCGCCAUAACGCGGCGAUUAUGUUGAGAAUGGUUGCGGAUCGGCUUUUUUACAGCGCGCUGUGGAGACGCUGUAGCAACGGUGCGAAAUCUUCUGGAGAGCCGUGA